UUGAAAGUUGAGAGUGAAGAGGAGGUCGUGGUGUCCUUCUUGCCACACGCGUUUCCAGCAGCGCCUGCAUUGACUGAUCACCGUUACAGCGAUUGGCAUUAUAGUCUAACCCAACCUACCUGGCAACAUGUUUAAGUCUCUUACCCGAGUUGCUUGCACUGCAGCACGGAUCUCCUCCGGUACUGCCACCGCCUCUACUUCCCGGGGACUGGAACAGCUUCUCCGGCCGGCCCUGUGCGCUCCGAGCUCGGUUACAUGUCGGCCUUUCACACGCUCUAUCUGGAUGCUGUGUAGCAGCGGUUCCUCGUCGGGAUCCAGGCCGGGGUUGCUCAGCUCGAGCCGGGGUAUUCCUUCUCUGUCAUGCGGCUGCGGGGGACUGCACACAGAAGGCGACAAGGCCUUUGUGGAGUUCUUGUCCGAUGAGAUUAAAGAGGAGAUGAAGAUCCAGAAGCACAAGUCCCUGCCCAAGAUGUCUGGCGGCUGGGAGCUGGAACUCAGUGGCACAGAGGCCAAACUCAGCCGGAAGACCUCUGGAGAGAAGGUUACAGUCACAUUCAACGUCAACAACAGCAUUCCACCCACCUUUGAAGAGGACGCCCAGCAGGGAGAGAAACCCUCCGAAACAGAGCCUGAAAUUCUCUCAUCACCCAACUUUGUUGUUGAAGUAACAAAGCAAGCUGCAGCCCAGUCCCUGGUUUUUGACUGUCAUUAUCCUGAAGAUGAGGUAGCCCACGGUGAAGAGGAGGAGGAGAGUGAUAUCUUUGCCAUCCGUGAGGUCAGCUUCCAGCCCACAGGUGAAUCGGACUGGAAGGACACCAGCUACACACUCAACACUGACUCCCUGGACUGGGCUCUGUAUGACCAUCUGAUGGACUUCUUGGCUGACCGCGGGGUUGACAACACCUUUGCUGAUGAGCUGGUGGAGCUGAGCACUGCUCUGGAGCACCAGGAGUACAUCAAGUUCCUCGAAGAGCUCAGUGGCUUUGUCAAGUGCCAGUGAAGAACCUCCUUUAAUGCAGGGAUCCUUCAAUAAGCCUGCUCUUGCUGCUGCUGCACAUGGCAACCAAAAUUACAACAAACUUGGACGCUUCAAAUACUCCAAUACCUUUUUAUGAUCUUUGCAGAAAAGUUGUGUUGCUUUUAUUAUUUUUUCAACAUGUUUUGCAUUUAUUAGGUUGUUUAUCAUAGAUUUAGAACUAAAUAUUGGAGUGACAAACUAUUGCAAAGACCAUAAAAUGGUUAAAAUAAAGUUUAAAGUGUAUUUGAAGCAAUGUGCUAUUAAACAUUAGCACAAAUAUGACAAGCCCUUUACGUCUAUGAGGGAUAUUGUAACGUGGGUCUGUGUAACCAGUAAUUAUGUAAGAACCCUGAUCUGAAAUACUGACCUGUUUCAUGUAGGAUUUGUUGGUAUUUACUAUUGCAUACCAUGUUAAUAAAGGUAUGUAGCUGUGAAUUUCAAGAAGACAUCAUUUUUUUUCUUUUUGAAAAUCUCCCAGACUAGUUAUCAGAGCAGUUAGCACAAAUUCACACUUAAACAUCUCUGGUAUGUGCUAGUGCAGUUUAUAGAAUUACUAUAUAGUUUAUAUUAUUUCACGGAUGAUACUUUUAAUUACAAAUGCAAUUUCCCACCUUGGCUAUACUUUUAAACAAGCCGGUGAGAAUAACAUAUUUGAUCCAGUUACUGUGAAUCAGCAUCUGAAACAGACAUGUCUUACAUCCAUACUGUAUCUGUCAUCAAAUGGGAGUUUGCAACAAAUUUAAGGUAACCUCAACUGUUUAACAUUUUAAAGCAGCUAAGAUGUUGAAUGUUAUACAAAUGAGAUUAUAAUUACUUUGUUAAAUUAUUUUACAGUAGAAGAUGUUUUGUAAUGAUCAUGUCUUCAAAUGUCCAAUUACUGUUUAUUCAUUGUUAAUCCAUCAAAAUAUGUGGAUGGGAAACAAGAGAAUCCAUAAAUAUAA